AUGGAGUUUCAGUAUUCCAUAACAGUAUCACCAAAGCAUCGCAGUCAGCAUUCGAAUAAUAGGCAGUACGGCGCAGCAGGUACAAGCACAGCAAGUUCAGGCUUCGCCUCUGAACAGAGCCAGCCGUGGACAGCGACCCGGUGCCAUCGGCUGCUUCGGCCACUGCUGGCCCACAUCGCCGCGCUCCGGAAGGAUAAAGAAAGACGCGUCUUGACCCGUUCCGCAUCUGGGCCGGCCGCGACCAAGUCAUCGCUAGGCAAGCGAGGCUACCCCUAUGACGAUGAUGACUAUUGCGAGUCACGACCAUGCCGGAAGUAUUCGAGGAAGGGCCCUCGAAGGACAUCUGCCGAUAGCUAUUCUACAAUCACUCCCCAGCGCAACAUGCAGAAGAUGCUUGGCCGGUCCGGUGCCCAGGAGAGUCCAGAUUUGAGACUAACUACCCCCUUUCUCCUGCGUUUGCGAGGUUCCAUAACCUCUAGUUUGUCGUUGAGCCAGGAUUCGGAAAAGCCGCGCCAGAAUGAGCUACGACCAUAUCCGGAGAGCAAACGGUGUCAACACAGCAAUGACCUUUGCACCAAAACGAGAUGCUACUACGACGCAGAAUUGGCCCACCUUCGCCGACAAGUUAAUUCUACCAGAUACAGCCUGUACGAGCCUGUAGUCAGGGCCUUGGACUCCCUACUGCGGGCCACAUCUCCACAGAAGAACCAGGCAGCAGAACAUACUUCGUUACUGUCCAUUUGUCUCCGCAAAGUGCCCGAGUGCAUAGAACUUAUUAAACAGCAAGAGGAGGAAGGGGCCAGGUCCGCAAUUCAAGGGGCUAGUGUAUCAUUCGAGAUAUACUCUGAGCUGGAGUCAUUGGGAACAACCGCUGGAUGGAGACAUCUUUGUCUAGUUGCCCGAGCUCAUGGCUUAAGGAUUGUACAAAAGGCAGCCUUGGAUGGCUUAUUCGAGGAUCCAGUUACCGAAUUGUUGAUCAGAGUAUGUCUUGAACAUAUGCCAGCCAAAGAGUGCAUGGGGCUCAUCCGGACAUACGUGAUCCGGCAAUACCCCAAGCCUUCCUCGACCGAUGAUAAUCCGUUUGCCUCACCAGCUCUCCGUCCCCUCGAGCUACUCCGGAGACAUGAAAAUUUGCAGCACCUUGUUCCAGGGAUAGUAACAGAGCUGUUAGACAAGGAGCUCCUGCCCCGUGAAUGGGUGCUCUCCAAAGGUAUGCAUUCACUGUGGUCGUCGUUACUGUAUACGAUCACCGAGACACGGCCUUGCGCGGAUACGGUCGAUCUAAUAGCCACUGUGCUCGAGUUGCUUUGUGAUCUCGCAGUGCCAAGGAAGCCACGAGGAAAGCUACAGACUCGGCUCCAAGGGAAGCCUCAGAAUAGGCUUCUCAAUGCCCUUGCAGCUCUCGGAUCGGUGGUGCUGUUGGGUCUUGAACGUUCUGAGGAGGAAUCCGAGCAGCCAGAAAAGUCGAGGAGGUUCGAGGCUCUCAGAAGACGGCUCGAAGGGAUUGUUGACUAUUGUCUCAAGAGCCUGAGGAAAAGGAAACAAGGCGGCUGGAAACUCGGCAGUUACCUGAUCUCUCUAUGUGGUUUCCUCUGUCUCCCGCACAACGACACUUGCCAAGCAUCUGCCUACUCCAAAGCGCGAAGCCAGAUCGAGUCAUCUUGGAGAAGGGUACACUCUUGCAUAGGCAAUGAAGGUCUAAUGCUUCAAUACAAUGCCACAGCGGCACUUCUGAGCGCGAUAGCACACUCUUGCAGCCGUGCAAAUGUGGGCCUGGCCCCUCGGGAAUAUUUGUUUGGAUUUUUCAACAAGAUGGAAGCACAUCUCCAGCUACCAGAUGACGCACUCGCUAACAUGCGGGUUGAUGGAGCAUUUCAUCUGGCAGAACGGACGGGUGAUCUGCGAGAUCUUGAGUUUGCUGAGCAGUUGCAGGCCGAAGUUAGGGCCAAAAACAGCACUCCAGGACAGAAGACUUCCGGGAGUAGCAUGAAAAAGACCCGUCCUUUCUCUGGUAUGAAGUGGGAUGCUGAAAUUGCGGAGUGGAUGGCCGCGACACCAACGACAACAGAGCGUCCAACACGGAGUGGUCACCUGGCUCGGCUUUUUGUGGUUCUGGAUGGAGAGACCAGUCAAUCCGAAACUGACCGUGAGACUGAUGCAUCCUUGGGAACAGACUAUGACGACGAUGACGACAACAUUACAUGGGAAGAUCAUAACCCCACCCAAUCGACAACUGACAGGGCAACACCACCAGAAUCGGAGUCAACAGCCAAACAUCAACAAGCACUACAACAUCAGAUAGACCAUGACUAUGAUGAGAUCACAAUUCUGGAGUCAGACUAUGGUGGCUUCAGCAAAAUCGCCAAUGAGUCAUCACCUGCUCUCCUCGAGCGCCAACCACACCGCGUCUCGCGCCGCUUGACCUUCAUUGCGGCAGGGGAUGAACUUGGUUUUGAUGUUGACGCUAAUGUUGACACAAGAGUAUCUGACAACGAGAACGCCAGCAGGCCGCUACGCAAGCGUCCAGCUCGGUUUCGCUUGUCGAUAUCUGGUAAACAGCCGGGCAGUGCCUCUGUACUGGCUUUCGCUAGAUCGCAGUCCGAGUCUGAGACUCGUACUCGUAUCAGUGAUUGCCUUCUAGCUCGUAAGAGGAGCGAAAAAAAUAUCAACGAUGUCCUGGGUAGUGGUUACAAGAGCACGGAACAAAGCGCUUCUGAUGAGCAGAAACCCGCGAACAACGCCAUUGCCAACAAGCCAAGGAAAAAGCAACAUUUGGUGUCAGAGAAACCUAGACCGAAAACGUUGUCACAGACAUCGCAGGUAUGUCACAACAACUCGAGGCUCGGUCAGUCGUUGUCUCGUUGUUCUUUGGCACAAUGUCUUCGCGCCCGUGGCUGUGAAGAGGCCGAGGAUAGUGGAGAUGAGCUGAGCAUUCUCUAA